AUGGACGACACCUCCGAAUCGAUCUUCAACUCUACCAAGGCUUUGCUUCUCUCAUCCGAUAUGAAGCUAUUCCACCGCUCUCCAUACGGGCUACCAAACCUCGAAGCUUCCUCGCCCCUUCCAUCGUUCAGGCACAUACGGCCUUACUUCCUGCUUUCCGCCAUCAUCUGGAUUACCUCUGCCAGCAUACCCAUGCUCUCCAGGAUGGGCAAUGACCAACUCCCUCAUGGCUCUUGUGCAUAA